CAUGUGGGGAUUUCGGUAUCAACAAGCAUUCGGUCAAGGAGGACUGUAACAACGCAUCGAUCGUCAUAGUACGGGUACAUUAGUCCAUUUUUAAAAAUUGGGUAGCAUAGGUGUUUUUGCAUUCGUGUCAUGAAGUGUUCACUCGUGGUAUUAUUGUUGGGGGUCGGUUGUCUAGGAGCUUUCGGGGAUGCAAGACAAGAUGAAUUUCGGAAUGGACCGUUGCUCGAUAGAUUGGUGCGUUCUCGAAGGCAAAGCGGGGGAGUAAACUAUGGCUUUCCCACGUUUCCCGACUUUACCAAACAGGGUCAGUUUGCUCAUUUUGGACAACAAGGGCACGGGGGAGGAUUAUUCUCUCGUAGUGACUUUUCCGAUUUUAUGCCAGAUCCUUCACAGUUCAAGGGCAACCAAGGAUGGACUACAAGAAGCUGUGUAUAUGAUGAGAAAGGAAAAGCAAAGUGCGUAGAGCAACAUGGUGAUAAGCCCAAGCACUAGACGUGAAAGGAGAUAACCUAGGGAGAAAUACGUUUACCCGAAUAUGUUUUUUCAAUACCUGUUAGUUUAAAUAUUAUUUUCGAAUUUCUUCGUUCCUAGGAUUGAUUUUUGAAAUAAUAUUUCAAUUAUUUUUGUAAUACACCAGAUAGUCCUAACAACGAACCAAUACGCUAUACUUUCGUGAUUUUUCGGAUGACAUUGUAGGCGGUGAAUAGUUCAAUGAUGAAGAAAAUAAACAUUCGUAGAAAGUU